AUGCUGGUCCAUGCCCUGACCUCCAGGAAGAUAGUGAAGCUGGCAGCUCAUCCAGACGGGCAGCACUAUCUGGCCCUGUCGGCCAAUGGAGAGGUCUUCUCCUGGGGCUGUGGAGACGGGGGCCGCCUGGGGCAUGGAGACACCACGUAAUUUACUACACUACACUCAAAAACAUGGAAAUGAUUUAUGAACCAGAGUAGAAAUGUGUGACCAGAUUUCUUCUGUAUGUCUACUAAGUUCAGUGAGUCUGCACCUCAUAAAUUAUAGUCCAGUUACAGUCUGAGACCACAUAAGUUACAUUUAGGUCACCAGUGAGCCACACCAGCUCACCACCAGCAUAUCCUGCCAGAUACAGCCUGUUCUCAGCCUAUACCUCUGCUCCUACCUGUCCUAGGUAUCAUAACCUGUUCCUCUCCUCUCCCCCACCAGGUAUCUGGAGGAGCCAGCGGUGAUCACAGCGUUCACAGGGAAGCAGACCGGGAAGCACGUGGUGCAUGUAGCCUGUGGAAGCACCUACAGCGCGGCUAUCACAGCUGACGGAGAGCUGUACACCUGGGGCAGGGGCAACUACGGACGUCUGGGACACGGUGAGCAUCCUGUUCUCCUGGUCUACACAAUACUGGGCUAACCCUAACCACUGCUGGACUAAACCUAACCCUAACCACUGCUGGACUAAACCUAACCCUAACCACUGCUGGACUAAACCUAACCCUAACCACUGCUGGACUAAACCUAACCCUAACCACUGCUGGACUAAACCUAACCCUAACCACUGCUGGACUAAACCUAACCCUAACCACUGCUGGACUAAACCUAACCCUAACCACUGCUGGACUAAACCUAACCCUAACCACUGCUGGACUAAACCUAACCCUAACCACUGCUGGACUAAACCUAACCCUAACCACUGCUGGACUAAACCUAACCCUAACCACUGCUGGACUAAACCUAACCCUAACCACUGCUGGACUAAACCUAACCCUAACCACUGCUGGACUAAACCUAACCCUAACCACUGCUGGACUAAACCUAACCCUAACCACUGCUGGACUAAACCUAACCCUAACCACUGCUGGACUAAACCUAACCCUAACCACUGCUGGACUAAACCUAACCCUAACCACUGCUGGACUAAACCUAACCCUAACCACUGCUGGACUAAACCUAACCCUAACCACUGCUGGACUAAACCUAACCCUAACCACUGCUGGACUAAACCUAACCCUAACCACUGCUGGACUAAACCUAACCCUAACCACUGCUGGACUAAACCUAACCCUAACCACUGCUGGACUAAACCUAACCCUAACCACUGCUGGACUAAACCUAACCCUAACCACUGCUGGACUAAACCUAACCCUAACCACUGCUGGACUAAACCUAACCCUAACCACUGCUGGACUAAACCUAACCCUAACCACUGCUGGACUAAACCUAACCCUAACCACUGCUGGACUAAACCUAACCCUAACCACUGCUGGACUAAACCUAACCCUAACCACUGCUGGACUAAACCUAACCCUAACCACUGCUGGACUAAACCUAACCCUAACCACUGCUGGACUAAACCUAACCCUAACCACUGCUGGACUAAACCUAACCCUAACCACUGCUGGACUAAACCUAACCCUAACCACUGCUGGACUAAACCUAACCCUAACCACUGCUGGACUAAACCUAACCCUAACCACUGCUGGACUAAACCUAACCCUAACCACUGCUGGACUAAACCUAACCCUAACCACUGCUGGACUAAACCUAACCCUAACCACUGCUGGACUAAACCUAAUCCUAACCACUCCUGGACUAAACCUAACCCUAACCACUGCUGGACUAAACCUAACCCUAACCACUGCUGGACUAAACCUAACCCUAACCACUGCUGGACUAACCCUAACCACUGCUGGACUAAACCUAACCCUAACCACUGCUGGACUAAACCUAACCAUUCAGAGCUGCACUUUAAACUCUGUGACUUUAUUAUAAGGACAAGCAUAGCUUUCAAUUCACUAUCAUGAUAUUAAACAUCAGCUAAUGUAUUAGAAUGAUGGCCUUGAGUCUGGGCCUGUGACUGACCAUGUUCUCGCUCUCCUCCGUGUCUCUGUCUGGGCCUGUGACUGACCAUGUUCUCGCUCUCCCCCGUGUCUCUGUCUGGGCUUGUGACUGACCAUGUUCUCGCUCUCCUCCGUGUCUCUGUAGGUUCCAGCGAGGACCAAACUAUUCCCAUGCUGGUGACGGCUCUAAAAGGAAUGAAGGUGCUGGAUGUGGCGUGUGGCAGUGGAGACGCCCAGACCCUGGCUGUCACAGAGAACGGUGAGACACUAGGAUCAUUUACUAUAGACUACAGGGGACUGAGACACUAGGAUCAUUAACUAUAUACUACUGGGGACUGAGACACUAGGAUCAUUAACUAUGGACUACAGGGGACUGAGACACUAGGAUCAUUAACUAUGGACUACAGGGGACUGAGACACUAGGAUCAUUAACUAUAGACUACAGGGGACUGAGACACUAGGAUCAUUAACUAUAGACUACAGGGGACUGAGACACUAGGAUCAUUAACUAUAGACUACAGGGGACUGAGACACUAGGAUCAUUAACUAUAGACUACAGGGGACUGAGACACUAGGAUCAUUAACUAUAGACUACAGGGGACUGAGACACUAGGAUCAUUAACUAUAUACUACUGGGGACUGAGACACUAGGAUCAUUAACUAUGGACUACAGGGGACUGAGACACUAGGAUCAUUAACUAUGGACUACAGGGGACUGAGACACUAGGAUCAUUAACUAUGGACUACAGGGGACUGAGACACUAGGAUCAUUAACUAUGGACUACAGGGGACUGAGACACUAGGAUCAUUAACUAUGGACUACAGGGGACUGAGACACUAGGAUCAUUAACUAUAGACUACAGGGGACUGAGACACUAGGAUCAUUAACUAUGGACUACAGGGGGACUGAGACACUAGGAUCAUUAACUAUAUACUACAGGGGACUGAGACACUAGGAUCAUUAACUAUAUACUACAGGGGACUGAGACACUAGGAUCAUUAACUAUAUACUACAGGGGACUGAGACACUAGGAUCAUUAACUAUGGACUACAGGGGACUGAGACACUAGGAUCAUUAACUAUGGACUACAGGGGACUGAGACACUAGGAUCAUUAACUAUGGACUACAGGGGACUGAGACACUAGGAUCAUUAACUAUGGACUACAGGGGACUGAGACACUAGGAUCAUUAACUAUGGACUACAGGGGACUGAGACACUAGGAUCAUUAACUAUGGACUACAGGGGACUGAGACACUAGGAUCAUUAACUAUGGACUACAGGGGACUGAGACACUAGGAUCAUUAACUAUGGACUACAGGGGACUGAGACACUAGGAUCAUUAACUAUAGACUACAGGGGACUGAGACACUAGGAUCAUUAACUAUGGACUACAGGGGACUGAGACACUAGGAUCAUUAACUAUAUACUACAGGGGACUGAGACACUAGGAUCAUUAACUAUGGACUACAGGGGACUGAGACACUAGGAUCAUUAACUAUAGACUACAGGGGACUGAGACACUAGGAUCAUUAACUAUGGACUACAGGGGACUGAGACACUAGGAUCAUUAACUAUAUACUACAGGGGACUGAGACACUAGGAUCAUUAACUAUAUACUACAGGGGACUGAGACACUAGGAUCAUUAACUAUGGACUACAGGGGACUGAGACACUAGGAUCAUUAACUAUGGACUACAGGGGACUGAGACACUAGGAUCAUUAACUAUGGACUACAGGGGACUGAGACACUAGGAUCAUUAACUAUGGACUACAGGGGACUGAGACACUAGGAUCAUUAACUAUAUACUACAGGGGACUGAGACACUAGGAUCAUUAACUAUAGACUACAGGGGACUGAGACACUAGGAUCAUUAACUAUGGACUCUUUACUAUAGACUCUUUACUGGGCCUUAUCCUUCACUGUCAUAUGUUAAUUCAUGUGACACAGACUUUUUGAUUGAAAGUUGUUAGACAGAGUAUUUGCGUGUAGUGGACAGAGUAUUUGCCUGUAGCAGACAAAGUAUUUGCGUGUAGCAGACAGAGUAUUUGCCUGUAGCAGACAGAGUAUUUGCGUGUAGUGGACAGAGUAUUUGCGUGUAGCAGACAGAGUAUUUGCGUGUAGCGGACAGAGUAUUUGCGUGUAGCGGACAGAGUAUUUGCGUGUAGCAGACAGAGUAUUUGCGUGUAGCAGACAGAGUAUUUGCGUGUAGCAGACAGAGUAUUUGCGUGUAGCAGACAGAGUAUUUGCGUGUAGCAGACAGAGUAUUUGCGUGUAGCAGACAGAGUAUUUGCGUGUAGCAGACAGAGUAUUUCCUGACAUUCUGAAGCUGUCACACUUUUUCCAUAUUUGACCCCAUUGUAAUGUUAGCUCCUUAACACCCUCCAUCUCUUGUCUCUCCGUUUAGGCCAGGUGUGGUCGUGGGGGGAUGGGGACUAUGGGAAGCUGGGUCGUGGAGGCAGCGACGGCUGCAAGACCCCUAAACUGGUGGAGAAGCUCCAGGACCUGGACAUAGUGAAGGUGUGCUGUGGGAGUCAGUUCUCUGUAGCACAGACUAAGGAUGGACAGGUGUACACCUGGGGGAAGGGAGACAACCAGCGCCUCGGCCACGGCACCGACGAACAUGUCCGCUACCCAAAACUGCUGGACAGUCUACAA